AUGACUGGAGUUAGUAAAAUCGAAGUGGUGGUUAAGGCAGACAAGCCGGAGAGGUGGGGAGACAUAAAAAGGAGUCCACUCUCUAAUCUGGACAAACUGAUGCCCCCCUUCCAUAUAUGGUCGACUCUGUUCUACAGCUACUCAGUGGACAGGACCAAGCUGGAACGCGCAUUGUCCAAGACACUCUCUCGAUAUGGCGAACUAGCGGGAAGAAUAGUGAUUCCAGCAAACCAAACAGAGCCAGUAGUUGAUCUGGGCAACCAGGGGGCUCUGUUGACAUAUCUGGACCCAUCAGCAGUCAGUCUGAAGGAACUGGAAGAGAAGCAGUUCGAAAAUGACUUUGUGUUCGCUUCUUUCUGUGCUGAUGAUGACGAGGAAGACUUGGAAGCAAAUUUAGGAGACUCAAUGUCACAAUGCAUUGAUAAGGCUUAUCUGUUGCGAGUGCGUGUGCAGCAGUUGGAGGGAGGGGGGAUGGUGGUGGGGCUGGGCUUCCACUACCAGGUAUGCGACAUCAACUCCAUGUAUGUCUUCACUGCCGACCUCUGCAGCAUGGUCAGGAGAAACAUUUUUGCCUUCAAAGAGUCACAGCUUCAAGUAUUCAGAAGGUGUGAGAUCUUCAAACCGGACAACAGUAAAGUCCAGUCCCAUCCGGAGUUUGAGAUCGCCAAGUCAGAGGAGACCCAGCGCAAAUGGGAGGCACUCAUUAAGGAUUCGGUGGAGAAUCCCCGGAUGAACAUCCGGUUCCAGAUAUCGCGGAAGAGUCUGGAGGCGAUGAAGCAGCAGGUAUGCUCCAAACACCCCAAUGAAGUUCCCGUCUCUACCAACGACUGCGUCGCCAGUGUGUUGUGGAGAGCCUGUGUGAAAGGACUGAGGGAUGCAAAACCGGGGGACGUCUCAGUGUUCCAACUGGCGUGCAACGGGAGAUUCCGGAAGAAGCCGCCCCUUCCGAGAACCUACUUCGGAAACGCCAUGUUCAUAGUGUACACCUCUUGUCACAAGGAGAAACUGUGUAAGGAUUCUGCCUAUAGAACAGCCUGUAGGAUUAGAAAGUCAGUACUGAAGGUUUCUGAGCCGUACAUGCAGUCGGUUGUGAACUUCGUGGAGCGGGAGGGAGCAGACAACGUGCAGUUCUCCUCUGGCCACCAGCCGCUGGACUUCUCAGUUACGAACUGGAACCAGUACUUCGACUGGUACAAGGACGGAGACAUGGGGUCUGGCAGACCACGCAAGGAAUCAGUCUUCCUAGUUGCAUCCAAACACUUAGCUGGCAUGGCCAUCAUCCUGCCAGGGGAGCCAGAUGGAGUGGAGAUUCUGACUGGACUGACAAAAGAGCAGUUCCAAAUUGUACUCACGGACGAAUACAUCAAAAAGUACUUCACUUGGUGCUAA